CUCCCCACCCCCCACCCCCCCUCCCGCUAGCCGCAGUCGAGAGCAAAAUAAAACAAGAAAACACGCAGAGAAGCACAGAGCAAAGCAGCUGACGGACGGAGAACGAUGGUCCGGUCGAACGAGCGGACCAGGGGCAGAAGUCGAAGCCGGAGCCCCAGGCCGUCGUCUGCCAGCUACAGGCGAGGCAGCGACAGACAUCGGCGCAGCCGGAGCCGCUCGCCGCGACGCCGGCGAAGCCCAAGCCCUUCGUGGGGCCGGUCGAGGCGGUCGAGGCGUCGACGCAGCCCUUCCAGGCGCGACAGUCCUCGCAGGGCGCCGUCGACGUCGAGGUCCAGCAACGGCUACCGCGACAGUCACUCCACCUCGUCGACGUCGAGACGCGGCGACGCCAGGGACAGGGACUCGGCGGCCCCGAGGCACCCGAAGAGAGGGCGCCACAGCCCGGUGCGCGCCCCGGACUGCUGGGACGUGCGGGGACCCCGGCCGACCCUCGUCGCCCCAGUGCCAGCCCCGCCCGCCAGGGUCGCCGUCAGGGAGGACGAGGCCCACCUUCGCCCCUUGGAGCCCGUGGCCACCGCGCCGCAGGGGCGCCUGCAGCUGUCGUCGGUGGUGCACCCCGCCACCGCCUCAGAGGCCGACGAGGAGGACGACCUCGACGACGAGGAAGACGACGUGGACGACGUGGAGCCGCCCUUGGAGCGCCCCCGCGGCUCCCGCAUCGCCAUGCAGUGCCGUGGCCGGUCGUGGUCGCCCACGCGCCCCCUGAGCCCACUGCGCUGCAGCAUCACCUCGUGGCGCGACGGCGGCCGCGUCGUCCGGACCGUGGGCCCCGCGGGGCAGCAGGAGGAGGAGGAGCGCACCACGGACAGCGCCGAGCGCUUCAGGCAGGCCAUGAACAUCGAGCGGCGCGUCAAGUUCCGCGUGACGCUCAACGGCAGGUCCAGGAAGGGGCGGCGCCGGGACGGCCGGGACGCGCCCCGAAUGUUGCCGCCCGACCCGGCGGUCGCCCUGGCCGCCGCCAGCUUCAUGGACAGGAUGGACGCGGGCGUGGCCGCCGCCAAGAGGCGGCUCCGGGAGAACGCGCUGCAGGCCACCGACGCCCACCGCAACAAGCCUUGGUCCUGACGUCCUGACCUGUUGCGCUCCUGUAAUCUGUGAUUUUUUUCAGAAUUGUUUUUUCUUCAAGCUACCAAUAUGAUUAAACUUGAGUUAUGAUUAGUUCAA